AGUAUCGAUAUUCACUCACCAUCACAUGCUCCCUGACUCUACCUCAUGUUAUAUCUGCCUGCCAUGGUAGAACCAGAAGCUUCAUAGAAUAAAACCCAUUAAUAAUUCCAGUGGGGUUGUUUGUUUUCAUCAGAUAUUGCUCUGACAUUCCUCAGAUCUUUGCACUGCUGCUUCCUGUUGUAUUGGGUUUCAACAUUUAUUUCAUCUUCUUCAUCUCCAGUCAAAGUUGUGCAGAUGCAUAUGUGAAUACUGGUUUGAAAUCUAGUGCUUCAGUGAGAUGGAGAAGAGGAGUUGGUUGUGGAAGAGGAAGUCCUCUGAGAGGAGUCCUGGCGAAACAGAAAGUUCGACAUCAAUUUCUUCUCAUUCCGAGAGUAAUUCCGAUGAAAAGGUGGAGCAGGAUAGCUCAAGAAAAUCUCUGAACCAUACACAAUCACCUGAAGUCACCUCAAAAAUAUCGAGCCAGAACUCAGAGGUAAAUGACAGUUUUAAGAGCCUGACAGAAAAGUUAUCAGCGGCUCUUGUUAACGUUGGUGCUAAAGAAGAUUUGGUUAAGCAACAUGCAAAAGUUGCCGAAGAAGCAGUUGCAGGUUGGGAAAAGGCAGAAAAUGAAGUUACAACGUUAAGACAACAGCUUGAGGCAGCUGUGCAGCAGAACUUGGCUCUUGAAGUUCGGACGAACCAUCUUGAUGGUGCUCUCAAGGAAUGUGUCAAAGAAUUAAGGCAAGCAAGGGAGGAGCAGGAACAACGGCUUAAAGAGGUUAUAGAGGAGAAAACGCAUGAACCGGAACUGACUAAAACGGAGCUCGAAAUCCAGCUUUCUGAUCUCCAGGCCAACAAAUCCAAAUAUCCUCCUCCUGCUGAUCCAAACAUCCUCCUAAAACUUGAGACAUUAGAGAAAGAGAACUUGGCCCUUAAGUUUGAGCUCUCUGUCCAAUCAGAGGAAUUAGAAAUUCGAACCAUUGAAAGGGAUUUGAGCACCCAAGCCGCAGAAGCUGCUAGCAAACAACAGCUAGAGAGCAUAAAGAGGGUAGCAAAGCUUGAAGCUGAGUGCAGGAAGCUGCAGUCAUUGGCUCGUAAAUCGCCUUCCAUUAACGAUCAUAAAGCUGUUUCAAUUUCCUCAUUUUAUGUCGAUUCUCUUACAGACAGUCAAUCAGACAGUGCGGAAAAGCUAAAUGCAUUAGAUAUCGACUCAUUUAAGUUGAACAAACUGGAACAUAAUGAAAAUGAGCAUGGCUGCUCAGAUUCAUGGGCAUUGGCGCUAAUUGCCGAGCUUGAUCAAUUCAAAAGUGGAAAGUGUGUGGCGAAAAAUGUACCACCUUCUUCUGUCGAAAUCAAUAAUAUUAUGGACGACUUUUUGGAAAUGGAGCGGAUUGCUUCACUAUCCGAGGGCCAGAAUGAAAUAUGCCAUUGUACUUCUGAGAUCGAAGAUAAUUCCUUGAAAACUGAACUUGAAGUAAUGGGUCAACGGGUAUAUGAGCUUGAAGAGAAAUUGCAGAAAUUAGAAGCCGAAAAAACUGAACUGGAGAGUGCUUUAAAUGCAACCAAAGAUUCUCUAGCUUUGUCAAAUGCUCAACUCGCUGAUACCAAAACUCAGAUGGAUGGCCUACAAAAGGAACUAAGUUUGGUGAAUGAGUCAAAGGAGUUGCUCAAGUCUCGGCUUGUUAAUAUGGAAACAGAGGCCCGAAUCAUGUCUGCAGAAGUUGACUCAAUAAAGGCAGAUAUCGAAAAGGAAAGGAGAUUCUCAUCUGAAAUGACAAUCAAAUGUCAACGAUUGGAGAAGGAACUUGCAAGAAAAACCGAGGAAAUUAAGCUUCACCUGGCUGCUACUUCAAGUGGUGAAUUGAAAGUAAAACAGGAUCUUGAGGUAGCAGCAGCUGAUAGACUGUCUGAAUGCCAAAAGACAAUAUCAUCACUUGCUAGACAACUAGAGUCGUUAGCAACACUCGAAGACUUCCUAAUUGACACUGCAAAUCUCCCUGGCUUUUCUGGAGGAUCAUCUGUCCCAAAAACUGGAUUAGAAUUAUGGAAGUUGCAUUCCAACGAUACAUUCAUGCCUAAAAAGACUCUGAUUCCUACAAAACAAACCGAAAACAACUGCAGUCCUUCAAUCAACAGUGAUGAUGUGGAAUCACCACCAUCUUCUUCUUCAUCAACUUCAUCUGCUGUUUCAUUGAACAAUUUUGGUGGUCAUUCUAAAAGCAAAAACAGCUUCGAAAAGCUGUUCUCAAGGAGCAAGAAUGGAAAUCAAAGUGAUAGCCAUCAAGGGUAAGAGUGGAUUUUUAGUGUCUUAAGUAGUUGCAGAGAAUUUAUUGAAGGUUUUUAGGGUCAUAUAUUGUAUUUUUGCAACCCAAGUCAUCAUAAACAUGCAUCAUAGUCGGUUUGAUGUCUGCAGUUGAUGAAUUCUGUAAACAUGGUGGAAAUUUCAAUUGAAGAGUAGAAACACAAAUAAUGGUUUAUGGAGUUGCAGUUUUAGUUGC